CAUCAUUUGCAGCCUGGCUGUUAUAGUACGUAGAACGCAAACCAUGUCAGAUGUGUUUAUGGUUACAUAGUAAGCGUGGAAUUCAUAUGAGUGUUGUUAAAACAUACUCGCUCACUAAAAUGGAGUACUGAUUUACAAAAGAAUUACCCGGCCUCAGAUACUAAUGUAGUUAACUGUGUUAAGAAAAAUUAAAAUCUUCGAAAAUAGUUUUAAAUUCAGGACUAUAAAUUGUGAAUUAACUUUUUCAAGAGAUUUAUCCAAAGUGUACCCGCCUGAAGUUUUUAACUGUGAAAGCUGUGUUAAGGAUCUGAAUGCGUAACUAAGCAUUACUUUUCCACUACCGAUUACGUCAUGUCGCCAAUUGACGGCUACUUCGUAUAUCUGGCUUCCCGCCUCGACAAGCUACGACAAGGAGGCGAUACUGAAACCGGGAAUUGGCUGCAGGAGCUUAAGACGUGGCCGCUAUGGCGAGCCGUACUGGCAGAGUUCCUAGCCACGCUGCUGUUCGUGUUCAUAGGAACCAUGUCUGCUGUGGAUAUAGUCCCCAUUACAGACCCAGCUGGGAAAUUCGUUAGGAUCGGCUUGACAUUUGGUCUGAUGAUUGCCGUAUGUAUCCAAAUGUUUGGUCACGUGUCUGGAGGUCACAUGAAUCCUGCCGUCUCCUUGGCAAUGGCCGUUGCUAUGGAGAUAAGUCCUACACGUGCUGUUCUAUAUACGGUGGCCCAGUGUAGUGGUGGGAUGCUUGGUUCUCUUCUCUUGAAGGGUUUGACCCCUGCUGAGUUGAACGACAACCUUGGCCUAACCACAGUAAACCCUGACCUCAAUGGUGGCCAGGCGUUUGCGUGCGAGCUGGUUUUCACCUUUAUUCUAGUCAUGUCCAUAUUCGGAUGCACAGAUCCCAACAGAGCCUUGUUUGGAAGCCCUGCCCUUGGUAUUGGACUCACUGUGUCUGUCCUCCACUUCGCCUCUAUCCCGUUUACCGGAGCAAGCAUGAACCCCGCUAGAUCCUUCGCAUCAUCUGUAGUCUCAAAUAAUUUCGACUUGCAUUGGGUGUACUGGGUAGGUCCGGUAGCGGGCGGUGUGACCGCAGCGGUGUGCUACAAGUACCUGUUCUCUCCCUACCGUCAAACAUCAUCCUUCGCGGAGACUGCCCAACAACUUAUGGAAUCCAACGAUGUUAUCGUACUACCCAAGAACUACUUUGCAGAGCAUGGCAAAACUGUUACCGAAUCUUCCAAGUUCUGAGAGCUCAGUUUCAAUGUCAAUACAUGAGCCAGUGCGUACUCAAUGCAAUAUAAUCUGUAUAUGAGAGUGUUUCAAGUGUCACAUGUGUAAAAUAGUCGACGACAUGUGUAUUCUGUUAUAUAUGAUACUAUUAAUUGCUUGGCAUACAUUCAUCGUUUCCUUUGGUCGAGAAGCUGUCACGUGACAUACAAAUGUAGCUAUGGUAACCACAUAUGCAAAAUACGAUUUUAUUGUCUCAAAAUAGUGCAAGACGUGUAUAUUUUAUAUAAUGAACACAUACUGAUGCAGCUUAAAUAUUUGUAUUAAAAUGUGCAUGCAGUGUAUUCUUUAUCCUGCUAUAUGUAUUUUAAAAAAAAUGUAUAAAAAAUAU